AUGAAGGACGAGUCUGGAUUGGAUGGAGGAACGAGAAGGAAAUCGGGAGAAGGAGAAGGAGGAAGGAGAAGGGAUGGAGAAUUGGUUGCUUUGGACGAUGGCAAGAAAACGAGAUUUGGUGAGAUCACUCAUAAACAUUACCUCCGAGGCUUCAAAGCUGACUUCCAAAAGCACAGUUCCCUGAUGACUCUCCACUGGAGUCUUUCGACCCCUUCCAAUUACACCAUGGACCAGCCAGCAGAGCUCAUGACUCACCUUGAAUCAAGAGGGAUGCAAUGA